UAUCCUCAGAGUUGUGUAAAAUCAAGUCAGCGAUCAAAACCUGGAGGAAUUUCAGCUGUGCUUUUCAGUGUAUUUUUUCUUAAAGAUGAACCUGUGGCUGCUUCUUACUCUCACUGCUCUGGCUGAAUAUGCUUACCAAACGAGAGGCACCCACUCGUGCCCAGAUCUGUGCACUUGCUCCUUUCUACCUUCGAGUGCAGAGGUGGUGUGCCACCAAAGCUCCCUCACAUAUUUUCCUGCAGAUGGUUUAUAUCCCAACAUCACACGAUUGUCCAUCCAGUCCACAAACCUCAGCUUCAUUACAGCCAGACAUCUGAGUUUUGUGCCUCUUUUAAACCACCUCCAGCUGUAUCACACUAAUCUUUCAAGUCUUCCUUCAGACCUACUGGGUGCCAUUCCUCACCUGCGUACGUUGGAUCUCACAGGUAAUCAGCUGAUUCAUCUGCCCCCCAAAGUCUUCGUUCAUUCCUUGCUCCGUAGUCUGGUGCUGAAGAAUAAUUUAAUUGAAAAAGCUCAUGGAGAGUGGUUUUCCGACAACAGCAGUCUCACCUGGCUGGAUUUGUCUGGGAACCGUUUAACGAGCAUUUCAGCUUCUCUGCUUCAGAAGCUGCUUCAUCUGGAAAAUCUCGACCUAAGUCAUAACCAUCUGCAAGAGCUACAGCCCGACACACUAGCAAACCUACAUCACCUCGAGACACUAAACCUCGCUGGGAACAAAUUAAUUUCCCUGAAGCCUUCAACGUUUAGUCACAACCUGAAACUCUCACAGCUGUUUCUGCAGGAGAAUCAGCUCCGAGAGCUGCCAGUGACGCUCCUCCAGGGUCUGCAACACCUUGAACUUCUGCUGCUUAAUCAGAAUCGGCUACGGUAUCUCCCCUCAGGUCUGCUGGAUGACAGAAAAUCCUCUUUUCAGAUGACCAUAACAGGGAACCCCUGGCAGUGUGAUGCCAACCUGGAGUAUCUGUGGAAGUGGCUCACUAACCAUCCUCAAAAUGUCUUCUUUCUAGAUGAGGUGGUUUGCGACGGCCCUGAAGCUCUGAAACAUAAACAAGUUGUUUCUUUAACUGACAGUCAGCUUGAUCCUAAAUAACAGAGACUCACAAUUAAUGAUGUGACUGUGAAACAGAUGUUUUGCAUUAUUACUGCACAUAUAACCAGCCUGUUUCUUGUGAGCUGUCAUUUAUUCCCCCCUUUGUUUAGAUAUUGUCCAGCCCACCGGGUGGCGUAAGAUACUCAAUAAAUUUUCAGCCCAGAGGGCUGAAUAGGCAGUAUGGCUCAUUUACUCACUAUAUCCCAGCCAAAAACAUGUUAAACCAAAUGCAUUCACUAAUACAUUCUCACUGAAUUGAUUUUCUUUCAGGCUUGUUUUCUGUAAGAUUUAUAACCGCAGAUUGAGAUAAAGUAACCCAGGUUUAAAAAUGCUCUCACUUCCAUAAGGGAUUAAACAUAUUUUCAUGAAUAAUCAAUUUAUAGUCCAGAGAUUAGGACCAGAAAUGGACGUCCUUGAUAAAAGAGAAGAGAAGAGCUCUUGUGAGAUUUCUCAUGGUGCACGCUUGCACCAACAGCUCUGUCUCGCUUGUUUGUUGUGUUGCAGAUUGCAGCAUUGUUUCAGUUGUGCCCUUUUGUUUUUAAUGAUGUUGAGCAUGUGGGAGUGAGUGGGCAGUGCAAUGGCUCAGUCUUGCAGCUGACCUCUUCUGGAUGUGUUUAAAUAUCUCCCUUUUUCUUUCUUUAGGUUUCUUUUCUCUCUCUCUUUCUUUCAUAUUGUGUAUGGGUAUAUAUCUUCUGCAUGCCCACACACCCCCAUACUCACGCCUUGAUCACAGUGAGUGCACUGGACUAUAAUUUAUUACUUUUAUAGCAUACAAAACAUUGGAGCCUCUUGAGGCUGUUACUUAUGAAAAUUAAACCUUGUUCAUAAAAGUUCCCCAGAGAGUGGAAGAAGAACUCAAAUGGAUUGAUGUAUGUCUUUUAUUCCACCUCUUUGAAUUGUACCCUGAAGGUUGAAGGUCGAGGAAGUGGGCUCAGUGGUUCAAAUCCUAAUUCCCUCUAAUGAAAAUUCUCUCAGGUUGUGAGCAGAUGCAUUGAACUCGACCUUAACAACGUCCCUUUCUGUUUGUCUUUAAUCUGCUUGUGCUUCUACAACCCACAGGCUCUGAGGUUUAGAAGUGUGUGGUAGUGGUGGGCAUUACUUUGCAAGGAAAAUGAGGAUGAAACUUUUCUAAGUGCUGAUGAGCACAGAGGAAUGGAGUCUGUCUAACUGUCUGCUAAUGAAGGACACUAAAGUCUAAUAGAUCACAUGCGAGGCUUGGAGACAAGAAAAUUACUGUAGCCUUUCUGACUUUGUUCUGCAAUAAUGGAGAUGUGAUUUUCUUUGAUUGCUGCUAAUUAGCACAUGUUAGAACACAUUACUUGGGAUUAAAUGUGCCAAAUUUAAAAUAACAUAUUAUUUUAUUUUUCACUAUAUUAGAGUUGCGGUCAUUUUAGUGUGUUUCUUUUUUCAAUCAGCAACAAUAGUCUUGAUUUAUUUUCUUCAGGAUGUAUCAAUGAACUAAAACAGCUUGUUGAGACUCACAUUUUAUUCUGAAUUGAGCAAAGAAGAAAUACCUUGAUUUUCAAAGGAAUUUGUUUUUUGACUAUGUACAACUGAUUUUUUUGCAUUAAAUUGACAGAAUAAUCUGCUGA